AUGGCCGCCUCCUCGCCGCCGUCCACCGCCCCGCCGCCGCCGCCCGGGGAGGGCCAGGGGGACCUCGGCAUGCACCGCGACAUCGUGCGGCAUCAACCAGCUGGUGGAGGCGAUGAUCCUUGGCCCAAGCACAACUCGGAGACCAAGGUGGGCAAGGAGAUCCAGAAGCUCAAGAGCAAGAUGGAUCAGAUGAGCGGCAAGAUCGGGCGAGUUGCCGAGAUGCUGGACCGCCUGGAGUCCAAGAACGCGGGCCUCCUCAAGACCGACCUGCAGAAGAGCAUCGCGAAGCUCGAGGAGGUCUGGGAGGGUGAGGUCGGAGCGCUGAAGCACGAGCUGUGGCAGACGAUCCAGGCGCACAACCACAACGCCGACCUCCUGAAGCACCACAAGGACGCGAUCGACCAGGUUCAGAACAGCAUCAGCGAGGCAGCUCCGAACCCCGAGCUCGAGCAGGUGCACGCGCAGCUUGUCCAGGUAGAUAAGGUCAUGCAGCGGGAGCACGCCAAGGAGCAGCAGAUAGACCAGCUCCUGCAGCGGGUCUCCGUCGUGCAGCAGCAGCUCGCCGCCGGCGUGGGGGGCUGGUCCGCCCCGGGGGCCGCCUUCCUGGCCGCGGCCGGGGCCGGGGCCCCCCGGCCGGCGGCCGGCGCAGCGGCCAAGAAGGCCCCGCAGAGGAAGGCCCCGAAGGCCGGGAAGGUGCCGAAGGCCGGAGGCCCCGCCAUCCCGCCGAACCUCCGCGCCGAGGCGCCCGAAUUCGUGCCGGGCGCGGGCUGA